AUGUUACGAACAUCGAACUAUCAUAAACAUAAAUCAAAUGGAUACGUAAAUAUUCCUUUUAUUUUUUGUGGAUCAUUUGAGACACGAUCAACAAGAACAACAACAAUAAAUGAUCAUCAUCUUUUUUAUUCAAAUGAAACAAAAUUAGGAUUAUGCUUGUUAAAUAGACAAAUAAUUACUUGGUCUUGUCCUUUAUUUCAACAAAUCAAAUAUCUUGUCAUACAGCUUGUAUCAAUACAAUCAUUAUUAUCGAACAAUCUAUGCGAUAUUGUUAAUUCUCGUCAAGAAAAAUUUAAUGAUUAUGCAAAAUUAAGUGUUGAUUGUUUUUCACAUUUUGUCCAUUUAUCUAAUGUAACGGAAAUAGAAUUUCGAUCAGCGUUUGGUACUACUCAAUGGAGAGAUAUUCAAUAUAUACUACAAGCAUGUCCAAAUGUUAUUAAUCUUAUAAUUAAUACUGAAUAUUUACUUUUAUCAGAAUUAAUCGAUAAUGAGUUUCUUAUUCCAAUCUUCAAGCAAAUUAAAAUGAUCGAAUCAAUAACACAAAAUAUUUAUUUUCCUUUAAAUUUUGCAUCAAAAUUUCUUGAAAGUUUUCCAUCACUUAGGCAUAUUAAACUUCAAGUAGACUCAUUUGAUAAUUGUGUACAUCUUAUUGAAAUAUUUCUUAUUCAUUUGACAAAUUUAUCUUAUCUUAAAAUUAAUUAUAAACAUAAUGCAUUAUUCGAUGAUCCUUUUACAUGUGAUUAUAUUAUUAAAAAACGUCGUCAAACAUUUCCUGAUCAUAUUUUCAAUGAACAAAGAAUUAAUGUUAAAAAUAAUGGAGAAACUAUAGAAAUUUGGUUAUCAUGA